AUGGCUAGAGGAACCCCCGCCGCCUCCUCUCCCACGACUGCGACGCCGCCCACCGGAGCCUUGAAACGUUCCACGUCCAGCACCCAGAACAUGAAAAACCAGAAGUCAAUUCUUGGGUUCUUUCAGAAGUCAUCUCCAUCCACCCCGUCCACUGCUCGCAAUGCGGAGCCUGCUUCUUCUCCGGCGGAGAGGGUCUCAGAGCAGCGACGCGGAAGUGCGAAGGGCGCGGCGGAAAGGAAGAAGAGCGUUCCUAAGUUCAAGCAAGAAUUGGAGCCGGUGCCUAGUAGUGACCUAGUGAUUCCGGAGGAGGAUGAGCAGGAAGAUAAUGCACAGGCCAAGAAGCAAGUCAAUUACGUCGAAUCUGACUCCGAAGGCGAAGAUGACGACGAGAAGAUAUUUCGCCCUGGCCGUAACAGCAGGAACAAGCGAAGGAAGAUGUCUCCUGAAAGCGAUGACGAGUUUAACGAUGGUGGAGAUGUCGGCUACUCCGAUGAUGAAAUGGACGACUUUAUUGUUGCAGACGAUUCGGACGAAGAAGCGAAGCCAUCUAAGAAGCGCAAGAGGCCGUCGACACAACCGAAGAGCAAGUCCUCCUCUUUACCGCCUGUAUCAUUUGAAGAGGACUUGGACAUGGACAUACCAGAUGCAUCUGCUGGCACAGCUCUGAAGUGGACGUACGAUCCAGAAAGCUCCGAACCACGCCAGCCGCGCACAACACCGGUUACUCCAAAGAAAUCUUCGGGAACUACGAAGCAGAAAGCACAUGUGACAGAGCCUGAACAACGGUAUGCCUGGCUUGCCAACAUCCGGGACAUUGACGGGCACCCUAUCGGGCAUCCUGAAUAUGAUCCUCGCACCCUGUAUAUCCCUCCACUGGCUUGGACCAAGUUCUCUCCGUUCGAGAAGCAAUACUGGGAGAUCAAGCAGAAAUUCUGGGAUACCGUUGUCUUCUUCAAGAAGGGCAAGUUCUACGAACUUUAUGAAAACGAUGCUACAAUCGGACAUCAACUGUUCGAUCUGAAGCUCACGGACCGUGUGAACAUGCGCAUGGUUGGUGUCCCGGAGAUGAGUCUGGAUCACUGGGCCAACCAAUUCGUGGCCAAGGGUUUCAAGAUCGCUCGUGUUGACCAAAUCGAGUCGGCCCUGGGCAAGGAGAUGCGCGAGCGCGAUGGUAAGAAGGGUGGAGGUAAAGAAGACAAAGUCAUCAGGAGAGAGUUGUCGUCCGUUCUCACGGCUGGUACCCUCGUCGAGGGCUCCAUGCUGCAAGAUGACAUGUCCACCUACUGUGUUGCUAUCAAAGAGGCUCUGAUUGAUGACAAGCCUGCCUUUGGUAUUGCUUUCGUUGAUACAGCAACCGGCCAAUUCUUCCUGUCCGAGUUUGUGGAUGAUGUUGACAUGACGAAGUUCGAGACAUUCGUCGCGCAAACCCGACCCCAGGAGCUUCUUUUGGAGAAGUCUGCAGUAUCUCAGAAGGCUUUGCGCAUCUUGAAAAACAACACUGGCCCAACUACACUCUGGAAUUACCUGAAGCCGGUGAAAGAGUUCUGGGAAGCUGACAUCACAGUGAAGGAGCUUGAUGUGAGCGAGUAUUUCGUCUCCCAGGACGAUGAUAACUUACAAGCUUGGCCCGAAGCACUCCGAGAAGCCCGCGACAAAGAACUGGUCAUGUCCGCAUUCGGUGCUCUAGUGCAGUAUCUCAGGCUCCUGAAGAUUGAGCGUGAUUUGAUCACCAUUGGAAACUUCACUGCGUACGAUCCGAUCAAGAAGGCCACCAGCCUGGUGCUGGAUGGUCAAACUCUUAUCAACAUGGAGAUAUUCUCCAACUCUUUCGAUGGCGGCUCCGAGGGCACCUUGUUCCAGCUUUUGAACCGCUGUAUCACACCUUUUGGCAAACGCAUGUUCAAGCAGUGGGUAUGCCAUCCGCUUGUAGAUGCAAAUAAGAUCAAUGCUCGCUUGGAUGCAGUGGAUGCCCUCAAUGCUGAUCCCACUGUCCGGGACCAAUUUUCGUCCCAGCUGACCAAGAUGCCCGAUUUGGAGCGACUAAUCUCUCGUGUCCAUGCUGCGAAUUGCAAAGCCCAAGACUUCCUGCGCGUCUUGGAAGGCUUUGAGCAGAUCGAGUAUACCAUGAGUCUGCUCAAGGAAAGUGGCUCAGCCGGAGAAGGCGUUAUUGGACAAUUGAUCAGUGGCAUGCCUGACCUGAAUGAGCUGCUCGAGUACUGGAAGACUGCUUUUGAUCGCUCCAAGGCGAGAGAGAAUAGCAUCCUGGUACCCAAGCCCGGUGUCGAGGAAGACUUUGACAGCUCCCAGGAAAACAUCGAGCAAAUCCACCGCGACCUCGAGAGCCUGCUGAAGCGUGUACGCAAAGAGCUUGGAUCUUCCGCAAUUAUCUACAAGGACAAUGGCAAGGAGAUCUACCAGUUGGAGGUGCCAAUCAAAGUGAAGAACAUCCCAAAGAACUGGGAUCAAAUGUCUGCUACCAAACAAGUCAAGCGCUACUAUUUCCCGGAGCUGCGCAAGCUCAUCCGUCAAUUGCAGGAGGCCCAAGAAACACACAGUCAGAUCGUCAAGGAAGUCGCUGGCCGAUUCUAUGCACGAUUUGACGAAAACUACACCACUUGGCUUGCUGCCGUCCGCAUUGUUGCCCAGCUCGACUGCCUCAUCAGUCUGGCCAAGGCCUCCUCAUCGCUCGGACAACCUAGCUGCCGUCCUGUCUUCGUCGACGAUGAGCGAAGCGUUCUUGAAUUCGAGGAGCUGCGCCAUCCAUGCCUAAUCUCCUCAGUUGGCGAUUUCAUCCCUAACGACGUCCAACUGGGAGGCACACACGCGAACAUCGACCUCCUCACCGGAGCCAACGCAGCCGGAAAGUCCACCGUCCUCCGAAUGACCUGCGUCGCCGUAAUCAUGGCCCAGAUCGGAUGUUAUCUCCCCUGCCAAUCCGCGCGCCUCACCCCAGUCGAUCGAAUUAUGUCCCGCCUAGGCGCAAACGACAACAUUUUCGCAGCCCAAUCAACCUUCUUCGUUGAGCUCUCCGAAACCAAGAAGAUCCUCUCCGAAGCCACACCCCGCUCGCUCGUCAUCCUUGACGAACUAGGCCGUGGAACCAGCUCCUACGACGGCGUGGCGGUCGCUCAGGCCGUCCUGCACCAUGUUGCCACUCAUAUCGGCGCUCUCGGAUUCUUCGCAACCCACUACCACUCCCUGGCUGCCGAGUUCGAGGGACAUCCUGAAAUCGCACCGAAGCGCAUGCGCAUCCACGUUGACGACGAGGAACGCCGCGUCACGUUCUUAUAUAAGCUUGAGGAUGGCGUUGCGGAGGGCAGUUUUGGUAUGCAUUGCGCGGCGAUGUGCGGCAUUCCGGACAAGGUCAUUGAGCGGGCAGAGGUGGCUGCGAAGCAGUGGGAGCAUACAAGCCGGUUGAAGGAGAGUUUGGAGAGGCGGAAGGGAGGUGGGCUGGUGGGAAUGGGAUGGUGGAGUGAUAUUGCUUGGGCGUUGAGGGAGACGGUGGCUGAGAGUGAGGAGGGUGCUCAGGAGGUGAGUGACCGCAGUUUGGAGGUGCUGAGGAAGGCGAUUGAGGCUUUGUGA